AUGGCAGAAAGUGAAGAUCUGUCCGACGUCUCCAUCGACUCGGACCUGGAAUGGGAGCUCGAGCAGGGAAUCCCCCAAGUCGAAGACCCCUUCAUACAAAAGUACAUCAAAGGACGUGAAGCGCUGAUCGAGCAAGAGAAGAAGAAAAGACAUGGCAAGUUCUGCAAUCUAACGACCUUUCUUCAUUCUACACCGGUUUUCGAUUAUCAGGAACCCAACGCGCUGUUCAAAUCUACCUUCACCCCCAUCUCCGCCCGUGCAGCCAAAACGCUCUCUCGCAUCCGCGAAAAGGAAUUGGCUACAACAUGGACCCCGUCCUACGUCGACUCCAUCUCGGCUGCCUCCUCAAAGAAUGGAGGAAACUUCUUUCCUGGUAUGAUGUUUACGCUAGCCCGUGACCGUAUGGAGAAAGAGUCUACCGUGUGGCGUAUCAUCGAACGCAUGCCCAAGGGUGCCCUGCUGCAUGCGCACAUGGACGCCAUGUUCGACAUUGACUGGCUGGUGGAGCAGGUUUUGAAUGAGGAAGGAUUGUGUAUUCUUGCCCCGGAGGCGUUGAAGGAUGAUGCUACUAGGCAAGACGGGAUGAUUCAAAUCAGAUACGUAGAUCAUCCAACAGGUUCUACGGACGGAAAUAGAAACGGAAGUAUCUGGAGUACCCAUUACAUAUCCAUGACCCCUAUUUCCAUCACACUGGCAGCAGAAACCUUCCCAAAUGAUGGAAUCGAGGGAUUCAAAAGGUGGCUCAUUGGCCGCUGUGUCAUCAGUCAAGACGAGUCCUUCUAUCAUCACCACGGUCUGGAUGCAAUAUGGCAGAAAUUCCAGCGUUGCUUCCUCACCAUCGGUUGGAUGCUGUUCUACGAACCGAUCUUUCGCCGCGGUAUGCAGCGGAUGCUUGGCCAAUUGGCGGAUGAUGGGAUCACCUAUGUAGAUUUCCGGAUUGCAUUCAAAUUUGAAUUUAGACCGAAGGGCCGAGAGUACGGGGAGGCAGGUAGCUACAUGGAGUUCUUUCGAGCUUUCGAUGAGGAGAUUGAGAGAUUCAGGACGACAGAAAAGGGAAAUCGCUUCCAUGGGGCAAGGAUGAUUUGGACGGUCAUUCGCUCCACGAAUAACAGGGACAUGGUGCCCAAUAUGGCGGAGUGUAUUCGCAUCAAGAAGGCCAUGCCGCAUAUCAUUGCGGGAUUUGAUUACGUGGGACAAGAAGACAAGGGUAGGACGUUGGCAGAUCUCGUACCAAUCACUUUCUGGUUCCGAAAGCAGUGCGUGGAGGCCGGUGUGGAAAUUCCCUUCUUCUUUCAUGCCGGUGAGUGUUUAGGAGAUGGCGACAGUACAGAUCAGAACCUCUACGAUGCGAUAUUGCUAGGCACAAGGCGAAUUGGCCACGGAUAUUCGUUGUAUAAGCACCCACUGCUCAUUGAUAUGGUGAAGGAGAAAAAGAUCUUAAUAGAGAGCUGUCCGAUUUCGAACGAGAUCUUGAGGUUGUCGAGCUCGAUCCUGACGCAUUCCUUGCCGGCUCUACUUUCAAGAGGUGUUUCGGUUUCCUUGAACAACGAUGACCCUGCUAUCUUGGGGCACGGGAAGAAUGGGCUGAGUCACGAUUAUUGGCAGACCUAUAUGGCAUUUAAGAGUCUUGGGUUAGAAGGUUUGGCGACCAUGGCGGAGAACUCGAUUCGAUGGAGUGCGAUUGAGGACCAGAAACAAGGAGAGUGGCUGAAGGAGAUUUCGGAGGGUUACCAAGGGCACGGUGCCAAGGCCCAGCGACUGAAAGAAUGGAGGAGUGAGUUUGAGAAAUUCUGUCAGUGGAUUAUAAUGGAGUUUCCCCUCGAAGAUGAUGAAUACGAAGAUGAUGAAGGGCGAUGA